GGCCCAGGGCAACCCCAUGGAGGAGACUGAUGCUCAUGGGAGAACCACCCCCCUCCCCUAAACACACACACGCCAUGGGUCCUCUGAGUGACUGACCCCAGGCGAGCGAGGGACUUGGGGUAAAGUCCUGCAUCGAUUCAUGAUUGGCUCUGUCUGCCCCUCUUGACCUGACUUCCCCUUGUGUGCAAUGGGGCUGCUAGAAUGCCCCUCCCCGAGUUUCCUUCUGGCUCCAUGGCUCCCACCCCUCCUGCAGGAGGAGGCAGAGGCACUGGUGGAGCUCCAGGGCCAGCUUCAGGAGGCCCAGGAGGCCACAGAAACCCUCCGAGUCCAGCUGGGGGUGCAGGAGGUGCAGCUGCAGGGCCUCCGGGGGGCCCUCCGGCAGCUCCAGCAGGAAACAGAGCAGAGCUGCAGAAGGGAGCUGCAGCAGGUGCACGGGCAGCUGGCAGGACUCCGGGCACGCAUGGCCAGCCUGCGUCAGGGCUGCGGGGACCUCCGCGGUCUGGUCAGCACCUUUACCCAGAGCUGCCAGGGCUCCCUGAGCGAGGCCCGGGGCCAGGUAUCCUGGGCCCUGAGGGCACUGUCAGUCAGUGGGGCGGGGCCUCAGCUUCCUGAAGGGCAGCAGGAGCCCCCAACCGGAUGCCCAGGGCGGCUACUGGAGCUCAAGGGAAAUAUCCGCGUGCUGUGUCGGCUGAGGCCAGGGACGCCCUCCAGCCUGGUGAGCUCGGCGCCCGGCCCAGGCGGCACGGUCACCACCUGCUAUCGAGGGCACCAGCGUCGCUUCCGCCUGGACUGGGUCUUCCCUCCAGACGCCAGCCAGGAAGAGGGCCCACCUGAGGACCCCGGCAUAGCUCCUAGGGCGCUGCAGUCACUGUUUCGGGAGAUGAGGGCCGGAGGGCACCCCCGAGUGACCCUCAGCAUGGUGGAGAUCUACAACGAGGCUGUCAGGGACCUCCUAGCCCCUGGGCCCCCUGAGCGCUUGGCGGUGCGGCAGGGCCCUGCAGGUCAGGGAGGGAUCCAAGUGGCCGGCCUCACGUACUGGGAUGUGCCCAACCUGGAGACCCUGCACCAGAUGCUGAGCCUGGGGAGGAGCAACCGGGCCACCGCUGCCACCGCCAUGAACCAGCACAGCUCUCGCUCUCACGCGCUGGUCACGCUGACACUGGAGGCAGCGUCUCCCCCGCGCGGCCCAGGCACCACAGGCACGCUGCACCUGGUGGACCUGGCGGGGUCCGAGCGCGCCCGGAAGGCGGGGGCCGUCUGCAGGGCGAGGGGCGACACGCACGACGCCCAGCGCCUCCGGGAGGCCCGGGCCAUCAACCGCUCGCUGCUGGCGCUGGGAGGGGUGAUGACGGCGCUGCGGGCCCGCCGGCCGCACGUGCCCUUCCGCGACUCGCAGCUCACACGCCUGCUCCAGCCCGCGCUCGGCCCCGGCGCCACCGCGGUGCUGCUGCUGCAGAUCUCCACGCGGCCCGAGGAUCUCGGCGAGACCGUGUGCUCGCUCAAGUUCGCGGAGCGAGUGGGCCGCGUGGAGCUGGGGCCGGCGCGGCGCCGCAGAACCCGGCGCUCGGGGACGCCCUCCUCCCUGAGCACGGACACGCCGCUCACCGGGACCCUCUGCACCCCGACGCCGUCCCCGGGAAGCCCUGCCAGCCCCGGCCCCGACGGCUCGGCUCCCGGGUCCCCCGAGGACCUGCUCUCGUAGUCAGGGCCAGGAGUCUGGGGUUGCGCCCUCUGCCGGCGGAGGCGGCAAAACCCCGACACGCCUACCACCUUUGACCUCCGGGGGCUCACUGGUUCCCAAACUCCCAGAGCUGUCUCACCCCCUCCCAGCGCGGAGUGUUCCGCCCCAGCCAGAUUGCCCGCCCUCAGCCAGGCCAGGCCGCGGCUCCCUCCUUAUCGCCAUUUGCUGCUAUCGCCGACGCAGCGGGGGACCCCAGAGCAGCCGGGCCUGGCCUACUGGUUUCCGAGUCACCACAAUCACUGCCCCGCACCAAACAUCAGUCUUGCCAUGAAAAUGUGGUCCAUUCCUUUACUGUUCUCUCUCCCACGACACCACCCACACUAGGUCGGGUUCCUGUUCCCCUAUGCCUUUCCCCCAAAAGGUGCCACCUUCGGCCCAGACAGUUGAGGAAGGAGAGGGCUUCAGGCUGAGCUGCCAUAGAAGUCCUCCCUCCCCCAACCCCGGAGCCAGGAGAGGGAGGUGGCAGAUGGUGAUGGAUGGAUGGACGGACGGACAGAAGAGGCCAGAGAAGGUGGGACUAGGAAGGGGACAGGAAAGGCCACUCGGGCAGUGCCACUCCUCCCAGCCUUGCCGCUGGGGGUAGCAGGGGCCUGACCAUCAGGGCCGGGUUGACACACCCUUUGUGGGGGGGCCCAAUAAACAUGGUAGACUCUCA